UCUUGUAGAUAUGGGAUGUGGCGAGUUAUGACAGGCAGACAUAUGACCAUUGAGUUUUCUCUGAUGGAGGCAGGCCACACAAAGUUUCAUCCCGACUGGCAUUUUGGGCUCUGGAAGGUGAAAUGGCGAGGAACAACUGCAGAUAAUCUUGAGGAAGUGGCAAAUUCCGUUGCUCAUUCAUCUAGGAAUAACCAUAAUAUUCCCCAGCUUGUAGAGGAUCCCCAGUAUCCAGUCAUUUUCUAUGACUGGAGCACGUUUCUCAAGCAGUACUUCAAGCCAAUACCUCAACUCAAGCAGUAUCAUCAUUUUCGCAUGACACACGAACAUCCUGGAGUAGUCCAUCUACGAAAGUAUGCUGGAGAUGAAGGAAUAACUGUCAACAUCCAGAAACACAAAGAUUUCAGGUUUCCAAACAUGGAUGCCUCUCUUCCAACUGUCAUGAAAGCAUGUGGCCUUGACGCACAGCGACAGUGGUAUUUAUACGACGAGGUGGCCCCAUACUGUGCCAGUCAUGAGGCAUGUCCCCGCCCAAGUGUACCAAAACCAUCAGCCAUAAAAGUUGAACAGAAAGUGAAAUUAGGAAAGAGAAAAUGUGCAAAUUAACAUUGUAACAAAUCAAUGUAAUUUACAUGCUGUCAUGGAUGUUAAGAGUUUGAUUUUAUCCAGUUCUUAAAACUGUUAUAUCCUGUUGUAUUAAUUUGAUC